AUGUUCACCCGGCUUGUUUGCAUCAGUGAUUAUGAACAACAUGCAAAAUCCAUACUUCCAAAGUCUAUAUAUGACUAUUAUAAAUCUGGGGCAAAUGAUCAGGAAACCUUGGCUGAUAAUAUUGCAGCAUUUUCCAGGUGGAAACUUUAUCCACGAAUGCUCCGGAACGUUGCUGAAAUAGACCUGUCGACUUCUGUUUUAGGGCAGAGAGUCAGCAUGCCAAUCUGCGUUGGGGCUACUGCCAUGCAGCGCAUGGCUCACGUGGAUGGGGAGCUUGCAACUGUGCGAGCUUGCAGGUCACUGGGAACGGGCAUGUUGUUGAGCUCCUGGGCCACCUCCUCAAUUGAAGAAGUGGCAGAAGCUGGUCCUGAGGCACUUCGCUGGCUGCAGCUGUACAUCUACAAGGACCGUGAGGUUACCAAGCAGCUGGUGCGGCGGGCUGAGUGGAUGGGCUACAAGGCCAUAUUUGUGACGGUGGACACACCUUACUUGGGCAACCGCUUCGAUGAUGUGCGUAACAGGUUCAAACUGCCACCCCAACUCAGAAUGAAAAAUUUUGAAACCAAUGAUUUAGCAUUUUCUCCCAAGGAAAAUUUUGGAGACAACAGUGGACUUGCUGCAUAUGUGGCUAAAGCAAUAGACCCAUCUAUCAGCUGGGAGGAUAUUAAAUGGCUGAGAAGACUGACAUCCCUGCCCAUUGUUGCAAAAGGCAUUUUGAGAGGUGAUGAUGCCAGGGAGGCAGUUAAACAUGGUUUGGACGGGAUCUUGGUGUCAAAUCAUGGGGGUCGACAGCUCGACGGGGUGCCAGCCACUAUUGACGUUCUGCCAGAAAUUGUGGACGCUGUGGAAGGGAAGGUGGAAGUCUUCCUGGAUGGGGGUGUACGGAAGGGGACCGACAUUCUGAAAGCUCUGGCCCUGGGAGCCAAGGCUGUGUUUGUGGGGAGACCGAUCAUUUGGGGCCUGGCUUUGCAGGGAGAGAAAGGCGUUCAGGAUGUCCUUGAGAUACUGAAGGAAGAAUUCUGGUUGGCCAUGGCUCUGAGUGGGUGCCAGAAUGUGAAAGUCAUCGACAAGACAUUGGUGAGGAAAAAUCUUUUGGCCGUUUCCAAGAUCUGA